UAGCAACACACCUCACAGCCUUCCAGCUCGGAGCAUAACAUACCCGUGCACGCAAGGUGUCCUGUGUGUUGCUGAGUUGUCUGAUACGGUUCACGCAGCAGGAUGUUGACCGCACAGAAGGCUUGUGCAUCACUUUUGACUAGGCGGCUGCUAUGGGCUCCUGGUUCUGUGACGCCAGCACUGGACCAGUGUCGAUUUUUUAGAACAACCACAUCACAGAAUGAUGACAUAAAGCUCCAUGAAGGCUGGGCUGACUUGGCCAAGAAACAAUUGAAAGGAAAAAACCCAGAGGACCUGAUCUGGCACACUCCAGAAGGCAUCUCCAUCAAGCCUGUGUACACGCAAGCUGACUCUGUCAGUGUCAAAGAUGAACUGCCAGGAGUUUACCCCUACACUCGAGGGCCUUACCCUACUAUGUACACCUACAGACCUUGGACUAUAAGGCAGUAUGCUGGAUUCAGUACUGUGGAGGAAAGCAAUAAGUUUUACAAGGACAACAUCAAAGCUGGGCAGCAGGGCCUUUCUGUGGCCUUUGACCUCCCAACCCACCGUGGUUAUGACUCAGACAAUCCCAGAGUGCACGGUGACGUGGGCAUGGCGGGUGUGGCUAUCGACACGGUGGAGGACACCAAGAUGCUGUUUGAUGGCAUUCCAUUGGAAAAGAUGUCUGUUUCCAUGACAAUGAACGGAGCAGUCAUUCCCAUUCUAGCUAUGUUCAUUGUAACAGGCGAGGAGCAAGGUGUGCCCAAAGAGAAGCUCACAGGCACCAUCCAAAAUGACAUUCUUAAAGAAUUUAUGGUGCGCAACACCUACAUCUUUCCCCCUGAGCCCUCCAUGCAUGCCAUUGCUGACAUAUUUGCCUACACAUCCAAGCACAUGCCUAAGUUUAACUCCAUCUCCAUCAGUGGAUACCACUUACAAGAAGCCGGAGCUGAUGCUAUAUUGGAGCUGGCUUACACCAUAGCUAAUGGUCUAGAAUACUGCAGAACUGGCCUAAAAGCUGGCCUGACUAUUGAUGAGUUUGCUCCUAGGUUGUCCUUCUUUUGGGGAAUUGGCAUGAAUUUUUACAUGGAAAUUGCCAAGCUAAGGGCAGCACGACGUCUUUGGGCUACACUGAUCAAAGAGAAGUUCCAACCCAAAAACCCGAAAUCCCUGCUGCUCAGAACACACUGUCAGACGUCCGGCUGGUCCCUGACUGAGCAGGAUCCUUACAACAAUGUAAUCAGAACAGUGAUUGAAGCCAUGGCUGCAGUGUUUGGUGGCACCCAAUCUCUACACACUAACUCUUUUGAUGAAGCUUUGGGGUUGCCAACAGUCAAGAGCGCUCGCAUUGCCCGAAACACUCAGAUCAUUAUUCAGGAAGAGUCAGGCAUUCCCAAAGUGGCAGACCCCUGGGGAGGUUCCCACAUGAUGGAGGCGCUCACGUCUGAUGUCUACAAUGCCGCUCUCAAGUUUAUCACAGAGAUUGAGGAAAUGGGGGGUAUGGCUCGAGCAGUGGCCGAGGGCAUCCCCAAACUGCGUAUCGAAGAGUGUGCCGCCCGCAGACAAGCUCGCAUUGAUUCAGGCUCUGAGGUCAUUGUAGGGGUCAAUAAGUACCGGUUAGAGACGGAAGAGACUGUUGAAGUGCUGGCCAUUGACAACACGGUCGUCCGACAGAAGCAGAUCGAGAAACUGCGGAAGGUGAAAGAGAGCAGAGAUGCAGACGCUGUGAAACGGUGUCUGACAGCCAUUGAACACUGUGCUCGCACCGGGGAUGGUAAUCUGCUUGAGUUGGCAGUACAGGCAGCCAGAGCAAGGUGUUCAGUUGGGGAGAUCACAGAUGCCAUGAAAACGGUUUUCGGAGAGCACAAAGCGAGCACACGUAUGGUGAGCGGGGCCUACCGCAGCGAGUUUGGAGAGCAUGACGAGAUCGCACUGGCUCACAAUCGGGUCAUGCAGUUUAAAAAGCUGGAGGGUAGGAAUCCUCGCCUACUGGUUGCCAAAAUGGGCCAAGAUGGACACGACAGGGGCGCCAAGGUUAUCGCUACAGGAUUUGCUGACCUGGGCUUUGAUGUGGAUAUUGGGCCUCUUUUCCAGACGCCAUUGGAAGUAGCCCAGCAGGCGGUAGAUGCAGAUGUCCACUGCGUUGGGGUCAGCACACUUGCUGCCGGGCACAAAACACUUGUCCCUGAACUCAUCAAAGAGCUGAGGAACCUCAAUCGGCCUGACAUUCUCGUCAUCUGUGGAGGUGUCAUCCCACCCCAGGACUAUCAGUUUCUGUAUGAUAGUGGAGUGAGCAGUAUCUUUGGUCCAGGCACCAGAAUCCCCCAGGCUGCUGUGGAGGUUAUUGACAACAUCGAGAAGAAUCUGGAAAAAAAUCGUCAAGCUAUGUGAAUUUGUAGGAGCUGGACCUCAUUUCGAGCAUAGCACCUGACAAUUUUCCCAUGUUGCGGAGGCAUCUGAGCAAAACGUUUGUCUCCUCUGGAACAGAAGCUCCAAACUCAUAUUCUGCUGUUUUGAUUGUUCAGGUUUUGAUUCUUCUGUUUUGAUGUGGGAAUGAUGAUUAUUGCUCAUUAUGGAAAAAUCCUUAGUUGUAUUUUUUUUUUUCGAUUAGUUACUGUCUAUGUGUAUUCUCAGCUUUAAAUUUAAUUCCCCUGAAUCAAGAUAGUGUCCACUGAAUAAUUAAAUUGGACUUUUUAAAAAAAUCUCUCUCUAUCUCUCCUUUGUUUGGUUUUGAUCUUUGACAGAAUGUGAUAGGGUGAGCAUCUUUUAUGCAGUGACCUGUAGAAGGCAUCCUAAGAUUAGUACAUCAUAUCUGUCUCCUCGCAAUCCGUUGAUGUAGCACUGAUGCUGUCCGUACUUUAUGGGUACUUGUCUCGUUUCACUCCAUCUGUUCCUGGAUGUAGUGAAAAUCGACAUGAAUGUUGAAAUGCACAAAUAUGUUCAAUUAUGUCCGCGUGCCCACUGCAAAACGCUGAAAAUAUUCAGUUUGCUCAUGUGUUCAUAUUUUUAGAAUCCCAAUAUAUCACAGAUUUAAACUAGAAAAACAUAUGGUCCAGCAUGAAGAUUACAUAGGCACUACAUAACAGCUUUAUUAAGCUUCUGAAUUAUUAAUGGUCACAACAUGUGAAUUUAACCUUUGGUGUUACUUUCUAACUGGAGUCUCAACUGCUAGAGGCAAGAGCCAGCUGUCUGUUUACUGAGACCCAGCAGUGUGCUUUAACAACUGAUGUUUUGAACCUUUUAGCCAAUAACCACCUACCAGCAAUUUUAUUUUCCACACAUUACCUGUCUAUACGGAGCAUUUCGAUAACUCUGAUGACCAACUAAUUUGAUUAAGGAAAGAUUCUUUACAUAAAGAUGACAGCAGCUAUUAUAGAUUUUGACAUUUUCUUUGACUGUUUGGAUUAAUAGGCUCUAAGUGUGAAAAUCACAUCAGAUAUCAGAGAGUUUGGCACCCCUUUCUGCUCCCAUUUAGAGUUGUUGAUGUGUGCGCCAACUGUCUAUUAGGGUAACAUAAAGCUCUUCUGUCAGAUAACUGUUAAUGAAUUUAGCAUAUAUUUAAAAAAAAAAAAAAAAAGCUGUGUGUUCACAGCACCCCAAAAUGCAUGAAGAGAUGAGCAUUGUUGUAUAACUGUGAUUCCUAACCACAGUGUUCUAUGAAUUAAAGAGUUUGAGUUGCCUUUCCAGUGA